AUGUUCGGCAAUAAGCACGCCUCACCACAAAACUUUCUCUUCCCAACCAAGGCUCUAAAGCUCUUCAACAUUUAUAUGGAAUGCAUCCGCAUAGUAACCGUAGAUGACGACAUCAUCAUGGAGUUGCGUAUCGAUGCAGAUACUACACUGUCUCGUAUCCAGCGGAAUGAGAAGAGAUGGUUUACCUUGUCAGCCCCCAUCGACCUCGAAUCAUUGCGCCAGAGGAUCGCUUUAGCCUACCAUGAACUUGCUUGUUUACAUGAGUGCCUGGAUCACGCAGGUGAUGCUAAAAAAAUUGGUAUAAAAGCUGAAAAGUGGACAUCCAUCCAAGGAAGCAUUAUCCGUGAUGAGCCCUCAACUCUUGAUGCAACUGCCGGCAAAAAGCGAGAAGAAAAAGGAACCAGUAGUAACAACUUUAAAACUGAAGCUAUUGUCGCUAAAGCUGUGUCAGGCUCUAGUUCUCAAUUGGGGUCAUAUGCUCCAGCCGGAUACCUCGGGCCAGACGAUUUAGCCAAUACCCUCGCUGCUCUCAGCUCACACCUACAAAGCGCUCAUGCUCACUCUGACGAUCACCUCUAUCAUCUAGCUGCCGGAGCCUCACAUGUACUCGAUGUCAUGGUCAACAACCAAGUCAAGGUUCUGAGGCAAGAGCAGCCCAAUGGGCCUACUUGA